AAAAUCACUGGUUACAGCGAAACGGGCGCCAGGGGGCAGCAGAGGUUUUGGCGCUGUUCAUGUCGCCACAUUAACGAACCGUAGAAGAAGACUGCGAAAGCAACGUGAGAGCCAUGCCGAAAUCAAAACGGGAUAAGAAAGUCUCUCUGACCAAAACAGUGAAGAAGGGAUUGGAAGCGAAGCAGAACCUGAUUGAGGAGCUGCGUAAAUGUGUCGACACGUACAGGUACGUGUUCAUCUUCUCUGUGGCGAACAUGAGAAACAGCAAACUGAAAGACGUCAGAACAGCAUGGAAACACAGCAGGUUUUUUUUCGGGAAGAACAAGGUGAUGAUGAUCGCGCUGGGAAAAGGACCCACAGAUGAAUACAAGGACAAUUUGCACAAGGUGAGCAAAUUCCUCCGAGGAGAAGUGGGAGUUCUGUUUACCAACAAAACCAAGGAGGAAGUUCAGGAAUAUUUUAACGGGUUUAAGGAGAUGGAUUAUGCUCGGGCAGGGAACGUGGCACAGAUGGCAGUGACGCUCGACGAGGGCCCCCUGGAACAAUUCUCCCACUCUAUGGAGCCUCAGCUCAGACAGUUAGGACUUCCUACAGCGCUUAAAAAAGGAGUCGUCACGUUAUUAAAGGACUACGAAGUGUGUAAAGAGGGAGACGCGCUCACGCCUGAACAAGCCAGGAUUCUGAAACUGUUCGGGACUGAGAUGGCUGAAUUAAACUGACCCUAACAUGCAUGUGGAAUUCAGAGACUGGAGAUUUCCAGCUGUUAGCAGGCGGUGAUGAAGAGGCCAUGCAGGAUGAUGACGAUGAAGAAGAGAGCUCAUGAAAAGACACAGCAGACAAUGGACUUUCCACGUGGACGUGUCGGGUUAACUCGCGUAAUCAGUUUCUUGGACGCGUGAUUCACGUGUACGUCUCUGCGUGAACGUUUUGUACAGCUGAUCGAUUUUCCUCCACUUACUAUAAAAAACCUUUUACGCA